GACCAGAAUAUUGUAAACUUCCGGCAGCUGACUGAAGUGACUGACUGCUAGGCACAUAACAGCAUAACUGCAUAAGUCUAUAGUUCGGGGGCUGCCAUGGAAUUUUUUAAUCUGUUUGUCCUGGUGUUCCUGGUACCUGUUGUCAGGUGUUUAAACAAUGGGUUAGCCUUAACUCCUCCCAUGGGCUGGAUGCAGUGGGAAAGGUUCAGAUGUAACUUGGACUGUAAGAAUGACCCAAAGAACUGUAUCAGUGAGGAAUUGAUAAUGGAGAUUGCCAACAGAAUGGAAAAAGAUGGCUACAAGGAGGCUGGCUUUAGCUACAUUUCUUUGGACGACUGCUGGAUGAGUAAGCAGAGGGACUCACAGGGAAUCUUGCAGCCUGACAAGGACAGGUUCCCACACGGAAUGAAAUACUUGGCUGAUUAUGUUCAUUCUAAAGGUCUGAAGCUAGGGAUCUACCUAGACAUGGGUUUAAGGACCUGUAAGGGUUACCCAGGUAGUAAAUUCUUCAUCCAGAGGGAUGCUCUCAGUCUCAAAGAAUGGGGAGUGGACAUGCUCAAGAUGGAUUGUUGUGAGGGUGGGUCCGACAUGAUAACAGGAUAUGAAGUGAUGGGAUCUUUCCUAAAUCAGACAGGGAGACCUAUUGCAUUUUCUUGUAGUUAUCCUGCUUGUAUUGGAAAGUUGUUUUCUGAUUAUGUGGGAGUGGCGAAACUGUGUAACUCCUGGAGGAACGCCAUUGACAUCACAGACAGCUGGGAGCGAGUCUACAACGUGAUAGAGUUCUAUAGUCUAGACCUGUACGACUUCUCCAAGGUCGCAGGCCCUGGACACUGGAAUGACCCUGACGAGUUAAUAGUUGGAGACUACAGUCUAAGUGAUGGCCAGGAAAGAUCACAGUUUGGGAUGUGGGCCAUGUUUGCUGCUCCACUGUUCAUGUCUGUCGACCUGAGGAAUAUCAAGCCAUCAUCCCGCAACCUUCUACUCAACAAGCGUGUCAUCGACAUCAAUCAGGACCCACUUGGCGUGCAGGCAGAGAAUGUGUGGAAACGCCCAUGGACUGAUCAAGGAAUUGUUACAGGCUGGGUGAAAGCACUGCUGGAGAAAGGAAGUUAUGCCAUUUCUAUCCUGAAUGGAUCUAUCUACGGAAUGCCUGCCCCAGUCAAUAUUACACUGAAGGACUUUGGUUUGACGAACGAAGGAGGCUAUAACAUUACUGAGACAUUUGAGGGAAGGUUCAUGGGUCCUUACAAGCUUACAGAACCAAUACUGCUAAAGAUACAUGCUAACGAUAUAUUUCUUGCUACAGUUGCUCCGCUAUAAUCGAAACAUUUAACACCAACAAUUAAUUGAUGUAUUCACAAAAUACACUAUCUCCACCAUUUUUAAGGACCAAGUACAUGAGGAAUAUACCGAGUGAUGAGGAGCAUGCUUCCCUACAGUCACUGUAUCUGUAGUACAGUAUAUAUGCAUAAUUUAUAAUAUCUUGGUUAGUACUCUAUUGGGUGAUAAGAGAAACCUUAUCAUCCCAGAUUCUAUUAACUCAAGGAAUUGUCUCUGUAGUCCCCUAAUGUAUUCAGGAGCUAAAUGACAUCAUUUUCUUCAUCAAGUAAUGAGAUUAUUAAAGAUUUGUAGAAACCUUUUAAACUUUAAUAUGUAAUUAUUGAAACUAUAUGUAAUAGUCACAUUUAUAUCCACCAAGUACAUGGUACAGUUUAGCUGUGUGUUGGUUAUGUUAGCUUAUAGUGCUUAAAACCUUCAUACACCAAGAAAUAUUAAUCUAGUCAGUUAAUUUGCUUUCUUGUUUAACUAUUUGCAAAAAUUCUAAAUUCUUGCAAUAUGCCAUGUUGUAACGUUUAGACAUUAGUUUUACGUAAGCUUCUACCAUUUUUAUGAUUUUAAUGUGGGCGGUGUAGGGGUGUAUUUCUCUCCACUUUAACACCUGAGCCAACACAGCAUCUUAUGAUCUAUACAUUUCUGUUUUUGACAAUAUUUUCUCAUGAUGCUUUAGUAUUUUUGAAACAGGGUUAGUUAAGUUAAGGUUUUUCUGCUUUAGAUAUCUUGAAUCCCUUUGAUAUAUACAACAGGGAUCGGUUGUAAAACAACCCUGUAGAUCUGAAUUUACCACUGUAUGUGUGCAUGAGUGUAAUUAGAUGAUGUAGUAUACCUCCCCUCAGUUUUAUAACAUGUACGUAGUCUGUGCAAUUUUUAAUAUUAUACUACUCACAAUAUGCUCUCUUCUAUGGUUUUCUAUAUCCUAGAAAUUUUUAACAAAGAAGUGCUUUUUAUUCCCUUAUGCUUAUUCCAUUUAAAAUUAUGAUUGCCCAUGAAAGAUCACCACAAACUAACUGUGGACUGCAAAUAGCAUAGCUUUGCUUCUGCACCCUCAUGUACCACAGAACUAGUUUUACUCUCCAUGGGUGGGGAUAUUUUAACCUUGUGAUGAAUAAACAUCCUGUGUAUGUGAUGUGUUAGGAUGGAAAUCAGUAAGAUUUUAAGAAAUCUUCUGAAACCAAUUUUCAGGGUAUGUCAAUAUGUUAAUUGUACUUUUAUAUGAUGCAUAGCUACAUGUACACAUUUGAUAAAUAUGGUACAUACAUUUCUAUUACAAUGUACUAGAUUUAAUUCUAAGGUAAUUUCUGGGCCUGACUGAAUACAAGUUGUACAUUGAAUUUCUUCAUCAUAAGGUAGCAGUGUACAGUAGCGUACGGUGGCCAUGGGUGAAAUUUUUGUACAAUGAAUAACCCCUGUAAUAUUACA